AUGAAUUCUGAAAAUUAUAACGUGCAAAGUACAUCAAAAUCAAAUGAGUAUUAUGGCCCCUCAUCCUUUGAAAUAUUAAAUGAUCGAGAAGAAAAAUUAUUAAAAACAUUGGGGUAUCAUAAUAGACACAGAAUUAAGUCGAAACAAAAGGAAGAAAAGGGAAUAGAAAAUGAAGAAGAGGAUGAAGAAAGUCCAAAAAGGGAAGAGGUGAAAGAAGAAGAAGAAUUAAACCCCAGACAAAAUUAUAUUCCUAAAGGGGGUUGGCCUAUGAGGACAAGAACUUGGCCAGAUGGUAGAAGACUUGGAUCUGAUGGUCUGAAAAAAUGGCAAAAAUUAAGGCCUAAAAUUAUUCAACAAGAAGAUAAAAUUAAAGAAAAAACAAAACAAACAAAAACAACUAAAACUUCAAAAAGUUCCCCUUCCACGCCCUCAACUGCCUCUACUAAAAUUACUCAAAAAACAACAGAAAUGCCUUUACAACGUUUUACGGUCGAUCCGGGUAUUAAGCCUGGAUUGCAUUUUACUUUUGGUAAAUAA